AUAGAACAUUUAUGAACAAGUCGUAACUUGUCGAGUGAAGUAAAGCAUGCCACAUUUUGUUUUGUUUUGUUUGUUUACCUCUCGAACUCUUCAUGUUAGCUGAACAAAAAUUAUUGUCAUAAAGUUUAGAUUGUGGCAGCGUGUGGUUGUGUGGAUCUAAAUUGUUGAUAAAGUAUAUUAUGUACAGCAGGCAAAGUUCAGUGAGCUGUAGUGCUUAAUAUUCUUUAUAAGAAAAUAAUAAAGUGUUUUAAAAGGUUUUUAAAAAUCGAACGAUGCGGGUUCUGGUGGCCUACUUGGCCACCGCCUCCUUGUUCAGGACGGCACGCUCGCAGCCCAUCCUGUGUAAGUUCGACGCCCAGUGCCAGAGUGGGUUCUACUGCGUGCCCGAAGUCUAUGUCUGCAUGAAGUGUCUCAACUGCGAGCAGCUGAAGCGAGAUCCCCCACUGGGACCGCCUUCCUGUAUUAAAUCUGUCUCCGAGUGUGGAGAAUGCUUUAAGGGAUUGAUGAAGGAUCUGCGUGGUGAUGUGAACUCGGAGUGUGUGGUGGGGGAGGCCAGAGGGCCGGAGUCGCUGCCGUAUUACGUGUGGGUGGGCAUCGGCGCCGCGCUGCUCAUCCUGGCGCUCCUGGUGUGCUUCGUGGUCAACAUGCUGCGGAACAACUCCACCUUCAAGAUACGUGCCUCGACCCGUACGUCGGUGCAGUCUCCGUGCAACAGGAACGGUGUGACGGCGAGCGCGCCGGAAUUACCGCCGCCGUACAACGCGCAUUACACGCCCGUGCGGCCAUCAUCACCGCCGCCGCCCGAACAAGAUGCGCAGGAAGAUGUGUCGUGGGGAUUCGUGAAGCGAGCUCCAUCGACGCGGGUGAGAGAGGCGCGGGAGUCUGCCGGCAGCCAGGCCGCGAGGGUCUACAAUAACCCCAACUACGUGCGGGGCCCGCAUCUAGCUUCCAACCUACCGCCAAGUUACGACGGUGACGGGUCGGCAGCGAUGGACGAGGAGCUUGAUAUGGUGCUGGCACACGAUGAGGACACCGUGGAGAGCACGUGGACUCCCGCCGGAGAUCACGACCUGCUCAGCGACAACCACAACGGUACCGUGGCCACAUCCACAGAACUGUCGAGCCAGCUCGCGGCUGCCAGAACCUCCACCUUGCUGACUACACACUGCGCGUCCCAGGAUUCAAAUAACAACAGGAGUAGUAGCGAGGGCUUCGGUGGUGAGAGCAGCAGCGGCCCGUCCAACACUGUGCCUGCCUUCAUCAUCAAAGUGGUUCAGAACAUCAACACGAUGCAGCAACAGAGGCAAUAACAUCAACAACAACCCGGUGACGUAACGCAAUCACAAUUAUUUGCUCAACAUUGAGAUUAUAAGCAUUUAUACGAUAAUAAUGUUGUGAUGAUUCAGUUCAGCUCUCGAGUAGCUUGACGAGUUGUUUUAAGUGAACGAUUCUAUUUGUUACUAAUACUUCGUUGUUUACUCUUGGUUUAAUUUGUUAUAUUUAUUUCUAUUCGCAAUGUUACUUAAAAUAGUAAUAGGUUAUUAAAUCGUAGAGAAAUAAUAAGUUAUAAUACAUGAUAGGAUAGCGCUUUCUGUUAUUAACAUACAAAUAAGAAGGAUAGUAUAAAGAUAAUAGAGUAAUAAUUAAGGUUGGCAACAUUUUCAAUGCUUACGUUACUUAUGAACGAUUUUAUACUAGAUCUGUUUGGAAAAAAGUAGAUUUGUAAUCAGAUGUGUGUGAGGAAAAUAGUUGAAACCGAAGUUGUGCCUUUUAUAUAUUUCAUUAACAAUAUUAUGUUCGUCAGAUUAAAUAUUUUAAAGUCGGUCUCUUUGCUUGCAUUGUGAUAAUACAGGAUUGUGUAAGAAUUGAGAACAAGUUGAUCUGAAUAAGUUCAUUAAGUUAUCUGUAGGUAGUUUUGAUAUUUAAAUAAUAAGGAAUUUGUUUGCAUUUGAAUGAAACUUUUGUUGUUCUUAUCGGGUUUAUUUUUAAUUCAUUGUCAUAUUUAAGCCGGUCAUAGAUAUUAAGAAUUCAAUAUUUUAUUUUGUCGUAACCAAUUGGGAUAAUUUCAUAAGUUGUUUUAUGAUAUUUGAGUUAAUUAUUGUGGGUUAUAUCAAUAUAUGUAUGGAUGGAUGUAUAUUAAGUUCCGUUCUGCCCAUUUUCGCUUUUAAGGUAGCUUAGAUAAUUUUUAUUAAUAAGUUUGGUUAAUUUUUAAACAAUUACGAAAAAGUUUUCAGUCUUAUUUUCACCUGUUUUGCAUACAUUUGUUUAUUUUACGAGUGAAGGUUUUCCUUUGAUGUUAAUUUUAUAUUUUUGUUUAUAUAAUAGAAAAUAUAUUUUUUACACAUUUUACUCGGAAAUUGAUUUCGCUUCUAUAUUAUAAUUCUAAAUUAAACACAUGUAUCCGCACAUUAUGGACUUUUAAUUUAAUUUACUUUAAUGUUCUGCAAUAACAAUAAGUAAGUUUAAGCUGGUGCUCGAUGACGAUAUGCUCAAAUAAACACGAAAAUGUAUUUCGUUUUGUUAAAAGUAGAUAAAUUUAGUUAGCAAGUAUAGUUAAUUUAAGCAAUUGUUUAAGUGCCCCUAUAAUUUCUUUUUUACACUCAACUUAAUUUAUUUGGUAUCAAAAAUAAUUUUGCUUACUAACGUAUAUAGCAUAAUGUAUACACUUUAUAUUACUUAAUACAACAGCUGUGUUAUUAAUAAACACGAAGCAAAGUUAUUCCAAAUUUAAAACUUAUUCGGUGUUAUUACAAAAAAAUAAUUUAAAACAUGGCUUAGACACAUUGUUAGAAAGUGAAAUAACAAUAAUGACGUGUAUAAUGGAGUUUAUCUCUUUCUAUAACAAAAAAGUGUUUAGUUUGUGUUUUAACUAAACCGUCGUUAAACACAACAUAUAAUGAAGUGUACAGGAACAAUUAAAGGAACGGAACGCAAUUUUUAUCAGCUGUCAUCAUAAUAUAGUCUUCCAUACAAAUAUAAUCUAUCCGUUAGCCACACCUUGGACAAGCUUCGACUCGUGUUUAAAUAUAAGCAAUGUCUAAAUAUUGUUGAAUGCUCAACAGCACAAAGACACGGAUUUGUAAUAGAACUUUAUUAAAACAAGUGUUCAACACGUGUUUUUUAGUUAAACACAGAUUGUCUAUAUCUUACCAUUGUUGUUUAUUAAUAAGACAGCAGCUGUAUAGUUUUGUCUACAGAUUAUUAUUUAGACACAGUAUCAGUUCUAAAUAAUACAAAUUAAAUUAUUUCAAUAAGAUAUAAUAGAAGUAUGUAUAAUAUUACUAUUAUUAAAAUGCUUUUCUGUCAACUGCCACAUUAUAAUUUAGUUAUUAUGCAAAUAACGUUUAUCUACAAUCAUGCUUCAAAUUCUCUAUAAAAGAUUCUAAGUUAGCUUAUUGCCAACAUUAAAAUACCCAAUGUCCUAAUAACCAUUAUAUCAUCCAAAGGAGUGUUGUAAUGAAAUUCAGUACAACAUUACAACACUCGUUUGAAUGAUAUUAUGGUUACUAGAACUGGCUUGUUUAAUGCUAGCAGUAAUCUAACUGUUUCAGAAUCUUUUAUAGAGGAUUGAUGUUAUGGGUGUAGAUAAAGUCUUGUAUGCAACUGUUGAUAAUUAGGUAUUAAACACUCAUGUGAUACUAUUAUCGCAUAAAACCCAAAUUCAAGUUUUAAUACCCCUUAUUACACAACAGUUGCAUAAAUAACUAUAAGGUAUGAGACGAUCUGUUAUUGAUCUCUGUCGUCGUGUAUGGUUAGUAUAAUGUUUUGCUUCCAAGAUGUAUAAGGGUUUAGAUCUCAGAGCCUCUCGCUCCUAAAUAACCGAUGCAAAACGGGUCAGGUUUAAUACUCUAGUGUGUGUCAUAACCUACGUCUUACACUCGCGAUUUGUUUGUCACUUUGUGUUAGUCGGCGUGCAUUGUUAAAUAUAGAGGUUAACUGUCAACCGCUAAACUUUUAUCGACGUUUUCACAGCUGUAUUUUUUUUGUGUGACAGUUGUGAACACGUCGAAAAAAAUAGCGGUGAACUAUUAGCCUCUAUUUACAGCAACGCACGCACAUUAAAACAAAGUGAUUACGUAUCGUGUAAGAAUAGCUUGACAUAGACAGGAAAAUAAUAAACCUGACAUGUUGUUAUGCGUUGCCUAACAGCAAGAGAAAAACACAUAUUUGUAAUAGAUUUUUUUUAAAACAAGUGUUCACCACGUGUUUAACUGUUUUGUAAUAACAGUGAUUGUUUAUCUCUAAACCAUUAAAUAUGCAGUUCAUAUAAAUUGCAAUGCAAUCAAAGUAACUUUCCGAUUUUUUUUGAAAAAAUUCUAGGUUUUUAUUAGUUCGAGUAUAAUUUUUAUAAUUUUAUUGAUAUAGAACAGCUGCUAGUGUUCUGAAUCAAACAAUUGAAUUGUACUAUUUUGUCUUCCCUCUUCAGUAAUCUUUUUAAGAUGCUGUUAUAAUAAAUUGUUAUAAAAUAACAUUCUAUUAUAUAUUAUUAUAAAUAUUUAUCGUAAUUUCAAUUCUUUUAACAGGAUCAUAUAAUUACCAAAGUAUAUUGCAGCUGAUUUAUAUUGCUUUGAUUUUGCCAUUGUUGUGUUUAUAAUAGGCGUUGAUUUUGCCAUUAGUGAUGUGAAUCAACAAUAGUGAUGUAGUUAGGGUACGUAAUAAAAUAAUACGACAACGAUAUUACGAACGAAAUAUUUAUUAAUACUUCAAUAAAUAUAUUAUGUAUCAAUACAGAAAGUAAUUAUUUACUAACUCUAUAUAUAUAUUUUAUUAACAGUACGAUGAUUGUGGUGUGAAAACAUGGAAAUGUUGUGAUUAAGUGCCUUAUCCCGAUGGACUGGCUGUGAUGAACUAUUUUUUUUUCAUCUUUUGGCAUGUGAUGCACUUAUUGUAAAGCAAUUUUAUUGUUAAUCUGUUUGUAGGUAAGUACGUGCUCCUGUAAAAAUCUUCCUUACUAGUGAAAUAUGUUAUGUUUAGCACAAUGACCAAUGCCUCUAGUCAGGUCGUAUUUUGUUUUAUCAACAAUGCCUAUGUUUAGGAAGGAAUGUUUUUACAAAUAAACGAUUUUUAAAUUUA